AUGAACGACAACUUUGCCGAUGGCAUUGCCAGUGGCUCAAUUUCUCCCAAUAUCACACCAAGUACUACAGAUCUCAAGAGGAAACGUGAGAAUAGCACUGCAUCCCUAGCCAUAUCACGGGAGCCUAGUGUUUCAUUCCAUAUCGGGAGCGAAUUGCGACAGACUCCCCAGUCCUCGUUCCUGUCAUACGUAUGGUGCACUGGGCUUGACUCUGACUGCGUAUCGUGCGGAAAACCUUUCCUUCCCGACGGAGAACCUCCGAUACGAACCAUAGCCGCUGGGAACAGCAUUUUUCCACCGUUUGUCAUCGAUAUCACUCAGGAACCAGUAUCGCCGUGGAAUCUAAGAAUCUUCAACAGACACAUGUCCUGUAUAAAGGCUAAAAAGGUCAGCUAUGUCCCGAUUUCUCAUGCCUGGCAUCAAAAGGUGGCCACUGCGCAGGACCUUCGUCUGGAGAGCAUCGACGCUUCCAGGCUGGUUUAUCAAAUACCAACCCGGACUCUCUUGGCACUCACGGCUAUGUUUCCCGGUUGCGAAGUCUGGCAUGACUACUUGAGCGUUCCGCAAUGGCGCCCCGAGGUUCAGGAACGGCUCCUCCUUUUGAUACCGGAGAUAUAUAAUCAUGCCGCGAAAACAGUGAUCCAUCUGGACGACGUCAGAGCAACCCAUUUCUCUUGUAAUGUCAAGGACUCCUCCUACGACAAGUUCAUCGCUGACCUUGCGGCCACUAUUCGGUCCCGGUGGUUCGACCGCAUGUGGGUGACACUGGAGUACAUUCAGAGCAAUGACGUCCUCAUCCUCACGGAGGAUUACACGAUAUGUGAUGAUUAUGCCAGGGAUGUAUGCCAGCAUCUAGACACUGCGCACUCAAAAUGGGUCAAGAAACGAAGUAAUUCGACUGUCACAGAGGACAUUUGGAAGCAAAAUACGACUCUAAAAAGGAUGACUUCAUGGAUAGAUAUGGAGGCUUGGAAGAAUGAGCACGAAAUGCAUCGAACUCUCGGGUGGGCAAUCGGAAUACUAGGUCACCGGAAGUGUCAGUAUACAAGAGACUACUUCUUGGCUCUCGGGAAGAUGCUUGAUUUCCGACCAGAACAAGACCCUCUUAUUCUCAUCGAGAACCGCUUUUCAUACUUCUUUUCUCUGGCGAUAUAUGCGCUACAACAGGGCGAUUAUUCCCCACUAUUGUUCAUCCCGUCACCAGGCGAAGAAACGGACCCCCGAGCACCGUGGCUGCGUGGAUAUUCUACGGGAACGUGGAAGCUCUGGGACAUGGGCCGAUGUCAUAGGAAAGCGGCGUCUCAGCCAAUCAUUCGGGACGGCAAGAUCCAACCCAAACUACAGACGGUCGGUGUCAUUGAAGCCUUUGAGUACUACGACUUCGAAGGAGACGCGGAGUCGGUCGUGGACUAUAUUGCAUCCAAGAUAGUCCGGGCUAGCGGCCAGAAUACACAAGCUCUAUGUGACGCUAUGGAUCGCAUAUUCCCUCGGAGCGAAGAGAAAGCAUUAAACAUGGAAUGGAAAGACACAAACCCUGAACAUGGCUCUACCUCUACAUUUAGGGCAAGAAGCAACUCAACAGAGGUUCGAUAUUGCGAAGAAGAUGAUCAGAGCCUUGAAGCUAAGCAAGGAAGGCAAGCACGCAAGAGAGUCGCGUCUGGAGCUUGCAGCCGGAGAAGCAGACUGGUUCUUGCGGGAGUACGGGACGCCAAUGGAAGGUAUUAG